AUGCCAGUUACUCGCUAUGGAAUCUGUGACGCAGACCCCAGCCAUCUUUGGCAACCUCUUGACUUUGCAUUUUCUAAGAGAACAGCCAAGAACCGGAUCCUGAAAGCAGCAAUGGAAGAGCGACUCUCAACGUGGGAUGAUAAAAUCCUAGAAAACCGAGGCGUUCCAACAAAGGAACUCAUCACUUUAUAUCAACGUUGGGGAGAGCACAAAAACAACUGGGGCAUCAUAGUAACAGGCAAUAUAACCAUCUCCUACACGCACAUCGCUGCCUCCGGAGACGCCAUCAUUACUCCAUCAUCGCCACUCCACGGAACGCGUUUUGAAGGAUUCAAAUCCCUCGCUACAGCUGCAAAAGUGAACGGAAGUCUAAUAAUCGGACAAGUGAACCAUCCCGGUCGACAGGUGAGAGAGAAAUAUAGUGGGGAAGCGAUUUCUUCCUCCGCUGUACCAUUAGGCCCUCUAUUCGAGAACUGGACAUUCGGCACUCCUCACGCUGCAACACAAGAAGAAAUAACAAACAUCUUGGAAGGUUUCGCCCACGCAGCAGACUAUCUGGAGAAAGCUGGGUUCGACGGUAUCAAUCUACACGCUGCACACGGCUACCUGCUCGCACAAUUCCUCUCUCCAAGAACCAAUAAACGAACUGAUGCUUACGGUGGCUCAUUGGUAAACCGCAUGCGUUUGAUCAUGGAAAUCUGCCAAGGGAUUCGCCGCCGCGUGCAACCGGACUUCAUACUGAGCAUCAAGUUAAACUCUACAGAUUUUCAAGAAGAUGGCUUCAAGCUGGCCGAAGCGCGGGAGCUCGUACGAGUUCUACAAGAUGAUAUAGGGUUAGAUUUCGUGGAGUUAAGUGGAGGAACGUAUGAGCAUCUUGGUUUGCAAUGGACAAAAGAUAGCACGCGGGAAAGGGAGGCAUUUUUCCUUGAGUUCGCGGAGAUGAUCGUUCCUGUACUUGGGAAGGAAGAGGAGAGGAAGACGAAGGUACUUAUUACGGGGGGGCUGAGGAGUGUGGGUGCGAUGGUUAAGGCGUUGAGAGUUGUGGAUGGUGUUGGGUUGGGGAGACCGGCGACUCAGGAACCUGAUCUUGCAAGGGAUAUUCUCCAAUGGAAGGUAAGCGGGGCUGUGAAGCCGAAAGAGCCAUUUGAUAAUAGAAGUGGGCUAGGGAUGUUGGCAGCGGGGAUGCAGAUUAGGAUGCUAGCGGAGGGGAGGGAGCCAUUUGAUUUGAGUGAUAGAGAGGAUGUUGAAGUGCUUUGGGAGGUUAUAAAUGGUUUGAAAGAGGGAAGCGAAAAGGAAGAAGAGAAAGAGGUGGUGGGAUUCCCGGAAUGGAAGAGAAGGCCCAAGGCUUUGGAGACUGUGGAGUCUUAA